AGGCAUCGCAGGCGUACUACAAGAACGUCGUCGAGCAGACCACGCCGGCGCUCAAGGGCCCGUAUUUGCAGGUCAGCGACGGCUUCCGGUACUACGAGAUCCCGGGCAUGGCGCACUGCCGUGACGGCCCCGGCCCGUGGCACUUUGGCAGCCCGACGCAGAAUGAUGAGUGGCUGCGGCAUUCGCACGUGCCUCCCUCGAUGCUUACCGCUGGCUGCCCUCACAUGCCGGCAACACCCCGCUCAAGUUCGACAGCAAGCACGACAUCUUCCUCGCGCUCAUCGCUUGGAGCGAGCUCAACCUCCCUCCCCAGCCGGUCAGCGCUACGUGACUGUCCUUCCGCCGGCUGCUGACCUGAGGCUCCCUUCCGCAGGUCGCCGCCACGUACACGACGCGCAACACCUACUACCAGAGCUCGCCGCAGACCAACGGCACGGCGUCGGACAUUCGCAAGCUACCGGUGCCCUUCGCCAACAAGGCAUGGGGCCUGGAGAACACGCGGCGCCUCUGUCCUUUCCCCACGCGCUCGCAGUACAUCGGCGGCGACACGACCGGCGAGGACGCGUACAAGAGCUUCAUCUGCGCCUAGACGCCGUGUGCAAUCGCCACGUGUGCUUCUCCUCUGCUUCACUCACGCUCCUGCCUCCUUUGCUCGCUCCACCUUCAUCGUCACCGUCUCCUUUCAUGUCUCCUCCGCCUCACUUGCCGCGCCCAAUACGAUCGUUCGCCACGACGUCAUGCGCACAUGCGUGUGACGGGUCUCGGCAUUGUCGUUGCAGGUCAUAAUAGCACGUUGCCCGGCCGGCCAGCUUGCUCGCAGCAAAGGCCCUCAGAACAGCUUUUUGAACAUGUUCGAGACCAGCGCGCGGGCAUAUGG